AUGAGACCAAAAAUUCAAGUAAAAAGAAGAUUAUUUAAUGCAACUUCUUCUAGUCAAGAUUUUUCAGAUAAUUUUUGUAGUUUAAAAAGUAGUACCCAGAAUGAUAUUCCUGAUUCACCAGAUAAUCCAGAUAUUUUUAACACUUCAACUAAUGAUUCAUCUAAUACUUUUGUAACUAUGCAAGAGUCGACUGUUGUACAUACUACUGCAUCACCAUUUAAAGUCACUCAGUUAAAUUCAAAUCCAUAUGAAGACAUUAAAGUAAAUCAACCCCUAACUAAAAGUUCCAGGAUGCUUGUUUCAGCGACAUCUUCAUUUCAUGUUACUACUAUAGAUAAACACAAACCAAAUUUUAAUGCUACUCAACGUGAAUCAUCUUCUGAUGAAACAUUGAAAAAAAUAUUAAGUGUAGUCAUGAAAAUUAAGUAUGAUGUUGAAAACAUUAGUCAUAAUCAAACUCGAAUGGACAACAUUUUGAAUGAAACUAUCAUCAAUAUAGGUAGCAUUUCCAGUAAUGGUCAUGAAAAUUCAAAUACUAAUGAUGAUAAUGAUUAUUGUUUGCUACUACCACUUCAUAAUGAGGAAGAACUAAUUAAUUUUGAAGAUAAAUUAUUAAACAAUCUUUCAGAUUAA